AUUUCUCCCGAUGAGCUUUUGUACAUCUCUCUUCAUUCAUAUCUUAUCUUCACACUUUGAUUCAACAGACUUCACCUCAUCGUAUUCCUUCUUCUUCUCCAUCUCUCUCUCUCGCUCUCUCAAGAGAGAUCAGCCCAAAUGGCCACCAACUCUCUCCAAUCUCUUCACCAUCGCCAUUCUCUCCUCAAACGCCAUAUCACAGACAUUAAUCCUCCUUCCACGGCCUUCUCCUCCUCACUCUUCCUCAAUCCCACCACCACCACUACUUCUCUCUCCCAUUACUUUCUCUCCUCUUCCUCCUCCAUACCCUUUUCUCUAUCCGCCACCACCUCCACGCCCUCCACCUCCCAAGCAAUCUCUUUCGACCUCCUCCGAGAACACCUCUCCGAGAAGAAGUUCCGGCAAGCCGACGAAGAAACCCGCCGCCUCCUCAUCGUUCUGGCCGGCGAGCCCGCCCAGAAACGUGGCUACGUGUUCUUCUCAGAGGUCCAGUUCAUCUCAGAAACAGACCUCAAAACCAUUGAUGACCUUUGGAGACAACAUAGCGAUAACAAGUUCGGGUACAGCGUCCAGAAGAGAAUAUUUGAGAAAGCAGACAGAGAUUUCUCCAAGUUUUUCCUCAAGGCUGGGUGGAUGAAGAAGCUUGACACGGAGGUUGAGCAGUACAAUUACAGGUCUUUUCCCACAGAGUUCAUUUGGGAGCUGAACGAUGAUACACCAGAGGGUCAUCUGCCAUUAACAAAUGCUCUGAGAGGGACGCAGCUGCUCAAUAGCAUUCUCAACCAUCCUGCUUUCGAGGGCAUGCAAGAAGAGGAUAAACAUCAAGGUGAUAAGGUAUUUGAAGAAAACAGUAGCGAUAAUGGCGGGUUGAAGGGGUUGAGGGAGGGGUCCAAACCAUUGAGCAAGAGACUUUCCGAACCAGACUACAGCUUUUGAGAUCAGUCAAUGCCCAUACGAGCAGCCAUAUCCACCACAGACACAGCAAAAAUAUCAGUGGCAUCACAUUAUGUAUUAAUAACUAGUAUUUCUUUCUCUGAUAUUUAAUUUUCUUCCAGCGAUUCCCUUUU